AAGGAUAUUUAAGACCUGGAGACGCUCGCUCUUCUCAUCCGUUGCUUUGCUCUUUCUAUCAUCUGCAUCUCUGUGACGACGAGGCUCUUCAGCACCACUCAGCAUGGCUAAAGAACCAAGCACUAACCUGGAGAGCGCCAUGCAGAUGCUCAUCAAGACCUUCCAUAAGUACUCAGGGAAAGAAGGGGACAAAUACACGCUGAGCCGAGGGGAGCUAAGAGAACUUCUGACGGAGGAAUUGGGAAACUAUCUAGGGAAUGCACAAGACAAGGACGCGGUGGAGCGAGUGAUGAGUGACCUGGACGCCAACAAUGACGGUGAGGUGGACUUCACUGAGUUCAUCAUCCUGAUGGGCGCUCUCACCGUGGCCUGCAAUGACUUCUUCCUCGACAGUCCAGCACCUAAAAACAAGGACGCGAAGGACGGAGAGAAGAAAGAGUAAUGAGGGGAUGACAAUGGGAGCCUGAGACAGGAGAGUAUCAGGUGGCGUCUGUAACCAGGAGCGAAGGUCUGGGAAGAAAGCCGUCUCUUUCGAGCUAUAAAUACUUGAAAUUUUAAUUAUUAUAUUUGUCAUUACUUUAACGUUGGAGUAAACACAUAAAACACUUUCACUGAUUUAAGGAACAUAUUCGCCCAAAAUUAAUGUACUCUCUCUGAGAGACGCAACGUUACAGCUGUGUGAUUUCAAUUCAAAUCCUCCUGACGGUAAUAAGACACCAAAACACACACACACACACACACACACACACACACACACACACACACAACUUAUCACUCAAACAUCCCUGAAGUUAG